UAUUUGGUGCCACUGACGGGGAAAAAAGCAGGGAGGCACUCUGCCCUAGAUAUAACACAGACAUCAUUCAGCAAGUCAAAGAGAGAGACACACACACACAUAGAAGUGCAGCAAGGCAGAGCAGACAGAGACAAAGAGACAGGCAACACACGGACAAACAAGAGACAUGAAGACAGAGAAAGCCAGCCAGCAGAGGCAGGUGGCGGUGAAGCGGCUGAAGCAACACUUCACAAGAGGGGAACGAGAGGGAGAGUGAUGAAGAGGUGGUUGCACCAUCUGCUGCCGAGAGAGAGAAACAUGUUUGUCGGUUCAGAUGAGAGCGAGCGAGGGAGGCAGCAGCCAGCGAUCUGCAGUGAGAUAAACAGCACGACCCCUCCUGAAUGGAGUCAGAAUGAAGAGUCUGCAGCUAGAGAGGAAGAGAUUGUCUAUCAAAGAGAAUAGAUUGUUGCUGUUCUGAGGAGACCCCCGAAACCAACAAGUGCUAAUAAGAAGCAGCGUCCCUGAGUGGAGGAGCCGCAGCAAUCGUCAUCUCUGUUUUGGAAAUAUUUACAGUGGAAAGCAAUCUGAGGACAGGAAUCGUGGAGCUGGUAUGUUUGUUUCUAAACACAGGCAGAGGAACGUUUUUUGUGUUUGUUUUUUAAAGAAAACCCGGGGUUGCAGCUCUCUCUCUGGGAAUGCACACUCCAGGCUCCAUGGUGACGGGGAUCGUGUUUUCCCCGCUGGGACUGGUCCUCGUCUUCACCGCCGCCAUCACCCCUCAGUGGAGAGAGGGACAGGCGCGUCUGAAUAUGACCGGGCCGGGGUCACUGCUCCGGUCGAGCGUGAAAGGUCAAGGGUUACCGGACUCGCUGCUCUUGCUCCGCUCUGACGGACUCUGGGAGACCUGCCUGCAGGUGGAGCACUCGGAGCUGAAGCAGUGCUGGCCCGCUGCAGGUCCGUAUCAGAGAGACUCCAGGGUCCGCCUCGCCCAAGGUCUGAUCCUGACCUCGCUGUUCCUGUGCGGCACCGGCAUUGUCCUGGCGUGCGUCGGGGUCCGCUGCUGGACGGAUCUACCUCUGAGGGGUGUCGCUGCGACGGGCGGACUCUUGGUUGUGACCGCAGGGCUGCUGAGCCUGACUGCUCUCGGGGUGUACACGCACAACCUCGGGAUACUGGGGAUGAGUAGUCAAGGGACCAAGUUCCCCCAACUCAGCCUGCAUCCAGCGGGGUCGCUCUACUUUGGGUGGCUGGGUUCAUGUUCACAGGUGCUGGGAGGCAGCGCUCUGCUGCUCAGCUUCAAACGGCCCAAGUGUCCGACCUGCCCCUCCUGCCCCGAGCUGCCCGCCUGUCCUGCCUGUCAAUCAUUUCCAGAGAUCAGCAACAAGCCAGACAUGAAUGUUUACGAAGUCAGCUGUUAGAAUAUAAAUACUUAAAAGAUAACACCGGGACAUAUACUUCAAACUUAACAGCUAAUCAAUCUGCCAGCUAAUGAAGUGAAGUGAUUCAUUAAUGACUGUGAACUGCUGCACAUCCUCACUGAAAGAUUAAUGGAACAUGAUGAUGUUAUUGGCUCUUGAUGAAGACACAAACUAACAUGUAAAAUACAACAAAAAAAUAAUUGCCACUGAUUCACUGAAAUAAUCGAUGUUGAAAAGAGAUGUUCCUGCUGCCUUUAACUGCGACAUGUCGUAAGUCUCUUUGUGCUGCCUUUCAUAUUGUAGCCAUGCAUAUGUACUGUUAGCAAGCAACAUAGUAUGUUUUUUUUAUUAAGGGCUGUCAAGCAAUUACAUUUUUUUAUUUUAAUCACUUAAUUUCAAUAUUUAAUCUGAA